AUGACCGAACCAGUAUCCACCCAGUCCGUCGUCGAGGGCGAUGUUGUUUACCAGCUCGUCAAGGACAAGACAAAAGUCCCCGGCAAGGACUACCUCAUCGUCGAUGUCCGUGGCGAAGACCAUGUUGGCGGCCAUGUUACCGGAUCCUUGAACCUUCCUCUCCACGAACUUCCCGAGCGUCUUCCCGAGCUCCUCGAGGAACAUGCUGAUGUUCCCCAAUUGUAUUUUUAUUGUGGACAAUCUCACUUUCGAGGACCCCAAGGAGCUGCCGUCUGGGCCGAGGGACAAUCAGAAGAAUUGGCUGCCAAGCAACAAGUGUAUGUGUUGAAGGGCGGAUUUGUCAAAUGGCAAAAGAAGUAUAAGGAGGAUCACGAGUUGGUCGAAAAUUAUGAUGAGAGGCACUGGAAAGAGUGGGAGGCCAACAGUACCAACUACUGUACCAUGACCAUCACCAAUCCCAUUAAAUUGGGCUCCGAUGGUUCGAUGAAUGGUCUGACAAGGUAG